GCGGGCGCCAUGAGCACCAUGGCGGUGCGCACCCUCCUGGCGCCGUUCGAGCGGAUGAAACUCGAGUACAUGCUCAACCGCAGCACCACGCCGCUCGUGCCGGCGGUGCGCGACAUAUUCGCCCGAGAAGGCCUGAGGGGGUUCUGGAAAGGAAACUUCGUCAACCUCCUGAGGACCACUCCGUACAAGGCCAUCAACUUCGCCGCGUUCGACGCCUACAAGGGCGUGGCGGUGAUGAUGUGCGGCGGCGACCCGCGGGAUGUCGACAAACUCUUGCUUGCAGCCGCCGGCGCCGCCGCGGGCGUCACCAGCGUCUCCUCGUGCUUCCCGAUGGACGUCGUGCGCACGCGGCUGCUGGUCACCGGUGGGAUGGAGAAGUACGGCGGCGUGGCAGCCUGCAUACGCACGCUGUACAGACGCGAGGGACUCGGCGCGUUUUACCGGGGCUUCCUCCCCGCAAUCAUCGCCAUGACCCCAAACGGAGCCGUCUACUACACCGUGUACGACCGUCUCAAGGCGAGGCGCAUCAAGCAGAUAGAGGCGCAGCGGGAACGGGACCGGCAGCACUACAUGAUGCUCUUCGGCGCCGUCGCCGGCGCCGCCGCCGAGUUUAGCACGUACCCGCUCGAGGUUGUCCGCCGGAGGAUGCAGCUGCAGGGCGGGACGAGCUCCGUGUCGCAGGUGUUCGGCGUCGACGCGUUCAAGCGCAUGACGAUGACCCUAUCCGUCAUACUCAAGAGGAAGGGAAUCGCGGGUUUGUACGUCGGGUCGGUUCCGAGCGUGAUGCAGGUGCUGCCGUCGGCGGCGCUCGGGUACUACUCUUACGAGAUG